UUAUGCGUAGUACUUUUUGCCCACAAAAAAUGGAUUAUAAAAAUAAAUUAUUUUUAGCUUAUGAUGAUUAAAUUAGGAAAUGUAACUAAAGAUUGUCAAAAGAAUAUUUGAAAUUAUGGAUUUAAAAUUACCGCCUCACCUUUUGCGAAGGUCAGACAAAUACAAGAAAUUAAACGUAACCAAAAAGGUAACUAUUUUAAGUAAUUCCGUCAUGUCUGACAGAAAAGAACGUAAACACGAACGAAGAUAUGCUGAAGAAACAUCUGUACAAGACACCAUCACUACAAAUAUGGAACCACAUGCAGUGCCAAUAAUUUUAGCAGACAAUGCAAACCAUUCCUUUACCUUAGACGAAAAAGCAUUAGAAUCAAUUUUACUAAGAGAUGAAAUCAAAGACAGAUACGUGUCUGUGGUGUCAGUUGCAGGAGCAUUCAGAAAAGGAAAAUCGUUUCUACUUGAUUUUUUUCUUCGGUUUAUGAACUCAAGAUAUCUAUUGAAGCAAAAUUCAUCAGAAUGGCUAGGGUCUCCCAAUGUUCCCUUGACAGGCUUUUCGUGGCGUGGUGGUUCAGAAAGGGAGACAACAGGUAUAUUAAUGUGGUCUGAAGUUUUUUUAACAGAAUUGUACACAGGAGAAAAGGUAGCAGUAAUUUUACUAGACACACAAGGUGCUUUUGAUAGUGAGAGCACUGUCAAAGAUUGUGCAACAGUUUUCGCAUUAAGUACAAUGGUUAGCUCUGUCGAAAUAUAUAACUUAUCCCAAAAUAUUCAAGAAGACGACUUGCAACAUUUACAGUUGUUCACAGAAUAUGGUAGGUUAGCUUUAGCAGACACUGGUAAGGCUCCCUUCCAAAGAUUGCAAUUUUUGGUGAGGGACUGGAGUUUUCCAUAUGAAGCAGAAUAUGGUGCAAUUGGUGGCAAAAAGAUUCUUGAUCGUAGACUGCAAUUAAAUGACAAACAACAUCCAGAACUGCAGUCAUUAAGGAAACAUAUAAAGUCCUGUUUUACAGAGAUUGCAUGCUUCUUGAUGCCACAUCCUGGUCUUAAAGUUGCUACCAGUCCCACUUUUGAUGGACGACUAUCUGAAAUCGAUUCGGAAUUUAAAAAAUACUUACAAAUACUUGUGCCAAUGUUGUUAUCACCAGAAAACUUAGUUUUGAAAAAAAUAAAUGGUCAAAAAGUUAAGUCCAGGGACCUUGUGCAAUAUUUCAAAUCAUAUAUUCAAAUAUAUAGUGGUAAUGAGUUACCAGAACCAAAAUCCAUGUUAGUAGCAACUGCAGAGGCAAACAAUUUAGCUGCAGUUGCAGAUGCCAAAGAAUUGUAUGUUCAACUUAUGGAGGAAGUUUGUGGGGGUACUAAACCUUAUCUCAAUGCCACAACUAUAGAAACGGAACAUCAAAGGAUAAAGGAUAAGGCAUUAAGUCAGUUUAAUGGUAAACGAAAAAUGGGCGGCGAAGAAUUCAGCAGUAAAUAUAAGGAACAGUUGGAUAAGGUAAUGUUAUUUUAUUGGAAAAAGUAUAGUGGAGAACUCAGAGAACUGGGCACACAAAUUGAUGAGAUCGCCAACUUCUUAUGGGAAAACUUUCUGAAGCCCGUUUACAAAAACUUCAUAGAGACAAGCAUGCAGCAGAUGGCUGUACAAGCAGCUGAAAUGGCAGUCACUAAUUCGACUCGCGUCGAAAACGGUAAAAUAAAACAAUCCUGAUGGAUGCGCUCUCUAGUCUGUAGCGAACAUCUAUGCCCUGCCCUUUGUAUCUGCUGUCGAAAAUGAUGCACAUAAUAUCCGAAUAAUCCAACUCUAGUAAAAAUAAAUAAAGACAAAAUGCCAAGCUUUCAUAUUUUCAGUUAAUUAUUUUCACUAGACGAUACAUAUGGCAGUAAAUAGUUGUCACAACUACCUUGUGAUAUACUUUCUCUUCUUAUAGGCAAUGUUGGUAGCUACAAAAUUAUUCUUUUUUUAUUGUACAUACAUACAACAUAUACAAAAAAUCGAUAUCUUCAGGUAACAAUAAACAUACCUUAUUUUUUGCAUGGUUGUUAUAUUUUCUAUGUUUUUAACAGUAUAUUGCAGAUAGUAGUCAAAAGGGGAUUGUUUAAUUAAAGCAUAACUAUUAUAUGUAUAUUAAAAUAAAAAUUACUCAAAACAAUAUAAAAGCAAUUAAUUUAAUAGUUUAUACAAAUUACUUAAAGGAAAUCCCUUCUUGAUUAAAAUCUGCCACGAUUUGAUUCAAAUGGGGCAUUUUUUAUGUUAUUUCUUAAUAUUUUUUUAUUUUUUGGUUACUAAGUAUGAUAGUGGUUUUGGUUGCUCACUGGCAUUGCUAAAAAAAAUAUAUAAAAACCACCCAAGUGCCUAAACGUGUUUCUUAUUUGUGUUUAAUGUGACUGUUUGAACUCCUUAAUCUGUUGCAAACAUGUAAGAGGUUUAAUUGUAGUGUGUUAGUGGACAUUAUUUGUCUUUUUUGGUGAUUGUGGUAAUUAAUUUCAUUUACUAUGUCAAAUGGUGUGCAACAGUUUGGCUAUGUUAAAGCAGUUUUCUAAAUGACAUUAUUCAAUUAAUCUUGGCAAUCUUAUAACAGUAAUGUUUUUUUUUUAAUUGAAAUUAUUGGAUAUUUUAAUAAUCUUUUCAAUGUUAUGUCUUAAGCAUUCUUAUAAAAUUAUUUUACGCUAUUCUUAAACAGUGAUUUUAUUCAUAUUUUUUUUUUUAAAUAGAAUGUUUUCUUUUUAUUUCAUGUAAUAUCUUUUUAUAGGCGAAAGUUCGCUUUCAACUUCAUAACUUAUUUGUUGCUUGUAGUUGAAGGUAUUCAAUUGUAAAACUACGACAUUGUGUAGUAAUUAAUAUACAAAUAAUACAAUAAGCUUGUUGUAAUUGCAUAACAUUUGACUGCACAGUUAAUUAAAUUAUAAAUAAAAAAAUGUAUUCAACAAAUUUCCGCUUUUGACAAAACAGUAUUUGAUGCAAACGUGUAAUUUUGUGACUAAGCCAGAUUUUUAUGUUCAGAUUUGAAAUGUUUACAGAAAUUACAAGUAAUUUUUUCUUGAUUCGUGCCAUAUUUUUUAGUUGUAUCAGUACAAAAAAAAUGUAUUGAAAAUAUUAUUUUUUACUUUGAAAUUAUAUCAAAUCUGAACAGAUGUUACUCAUAUAAGUCACGUUUUUAACCUGUGGCGGUGUUUAUCAUCGUCUAUUUUUAAUUGUUUUAAAAAGCAGACCUUAGAGCUUGAAUAGUGUUUUGCUGCAGUAUUUUUGUUUAAUCUGAACUAAGGAGUUAACUGUAAAAAGUUAUAAAUAAAAACAAUGAUAAAUAUAGAUGUGUAAAUAGCCAGGCUCAAUUUUUAUUGGAAGUUAAUGUUGUAAAAUAGUAAAAUUUUAUGUAAAAUUGUACAUGUUAAUUCUUUACACUUCAUUACCCGGUACUGGUUAAUAAAAU